UAUGAUUUCUCUCCGACCCCAAUAAAGUGGGUUGAUCCACACGUCUGCCACUUUUAUGGCGCUUCCAGUGCAAAUCGCAGGCUUAUUUAUUCCGGUCUAAAAAGAAUCGCGUUAAGGAUAUUCCGUGGUAAUGCUUCUUUAAUACAGUCGUUUAAACCGACUUCGCCACGUUAGUCCGCUGUGCGUGGAUUUCUAUUAAUCCUCCGAGGUCAUGGAUCUCACAGAAGAAGACGCUGCCUUUUAUGCCCGCUUAAAUUGCACGGUAAACAGCUCGGUGGACGUGCUGAUGUUUGUGGACCAGAGUGAUCCCGGCUACUUGACCCAGAGAUAUAACCACAUCAGCAUCCUGCUCGUUUUGGCCGGUUUCGGUGUGGUACUCAAUGCCAGCAUGAUUGCGAUACUGCUGAAGAGUGCCUUGUAUCGUCAUUCGACGUUAAGCAUACUGUUAUUGCAGUUGUUUGCGGCUAAUUUGCUGGUGUCGGUGUUCUGUCUUCUGGCUGACGGGAUCUGGAACAUCACCGUGCAGUGGUUGGGUGGGGAUUUUCUCUGCAGAAUCAUCAAGUUUUGCCAAAUGUUCAGUUUAUACGCCACCAACCUGAUCCUCACCGGGAUAAGCAUUGAGACUUGCAUUACUGUGACCUUUCCGCUGAGUAAAUCCAGUAGGGCGGAGAGUCAAUCCCGAGUCAAAAUCAUCAGCGGAUUUACCUGGGUCGUCUCCUCACUGUGCAGUGUACCGCAGGCGGUGAUUUUCCAUGCGGAGCGUGCGCCGAUUUGCGCUAAAUUCUAUCAGUGCGUAACGCAUGGCUUCUACUCGAGCACCGACCAAGAGCUCGCCUAUACCAUGGCCACCCUCAUUGUCAUGUGCAUGGUCCCGUUGUGCGUUAUUAUUGUCUGCUACUUGGUGAUUUCCGUGGCCAUUACGAAGGAAUCAAGGAUUGCAGCCGGGAGUCCUGAUUCUGUCGUUAAUUUGAGGAUGUGCCCAUGUCAGUGCCACCUAGAAGAAACCAGCAUUUCCAUGUCUAGUAUGCAGAACACCGUGAUGCUGUGUCCGGGCAGUACGGGCCAGGGGAAACGGAUGUACCGGAAAACCCGGCAGAUAUCGUUGUGGAUGACUUUCAUUACGGCUGCCAGCUUUGUUAUCUGCUGGGUGCCGUACUAUGUGGGAAUGCUGGGAUAUUUGUUCCACUGGAGCAUCUCCUCUCGGACAAUGACUAUCAUUUUUUGUCUGGGAAUGAGUUUUUCGGUGGUCAAUCCGAUUAUUUUUGGCGGAUUUUUGUUAACCCGUCAUUCCAUCUGGAGCAACCAACAAUGGCACUACACAGUUAGACGACCUUCUAUUUUCUCGUUCAUUUGCUCUACAGAGCACGUACCGUAUUUUGCAUAAUUUAUUCUGGUUUUGCAUCUGCCGACACUGUCGUAUCAUAGUCUACGUGUAAAACGCUUGUUUUACUGGAUAAUUUCCUUUUUAAUGGUGGUACAAGUACAGCGACUGCGACAGGGAUAUUUGGUGUUUUGACUGUUCUGUUAUGGUACGGAAUUUGUGCUAUAGCUUCAUCCUGU